AUGACUCAGCGAAGCAUAUUACCUUCCUCAUUGCUGUCCCAGACAGACACAGAUGAAGCAUGCCCUUCAUUCACCAAACUGAACUUUCACAAUGCAGUGGUUGGUACAGAACUAGAUGUGAGGUUGAUGCUUUACACUUGGAGAGACCGGAACUGUGCACAACUCAUCAGUUCUACAGAUUUGGGGCACUUGAAUGUGACCAAGAAAACCACCUUCGUUGUCCAUGGAUUCAGACUAACGGGUUCUCCUCCAGUUUGGAUGGAAGUCUUAGUGCAGAGUUUACUCUCUGUAGAAGAUAUGAAUGUGAUUGUUGUUGAUUGGAAUCGAGGAGCUACAACUGUAUUGUACUUUCGUGCCUCUAGUAAAACCAAAAAAGUAGCAACAGUGCUGAAGGAAUUUAUUGACCUGAUGUUGGUAGAAGGAGCUUCUCUUGAAAACAUAUACAUGAUUGGAGUAAGUUUAGGAGCCCACAUAGCUGGGUUUGUUGGAAAGAUGUUCGAUGGGCAGCUGGGGAGAAUUACAGGUCUUGACCCUGCGGGCCCUUUAUACAACGGGAAACCUCCCGAGGACAGAUUAGAUCCCAAAGACGCUCAGUUCGUUGACGUCAUCCACUCCGACACUGACGCACUGGGCUACAAAGAGCCUUUAGGAAACAUAGACUUCUAUCCAAAUGGAGGAGUAGACCAACCUGGUUGUCCCCAAACAAUACUUGGAGGAUACGAGUUCUUUAAAUGCGAUCAUCAGAGGUCUGUGUACCUGUACCUUUCUUCCCUGAGAGAGAACUGCAGUAUCAUUGCAUAUCCCUGUGAUUCCUACCGGAAGUAUAGGAAUGGCCAGUGUGUCACCUGCGGCGCACUGCACAAGGAGUCCUGUCCCCUUCUGGGCUACUAUGCUGAUAACUGGAAAGAACAUUUAAAGAAGAAAAAUCUUUCUAUAACUAAAGCAUUCUUUGACACCGCUGAGAAGGAGCCCUACUGCAUGUAUCAUUACUUUGUGGACAUUAUAAUUUGGAACAAGAAUGUAAGAAGAGGGUCUAUUACAAUCAAGUUGAAAGACAAAGCUGGAAACACCACAGAAUCCAAACUCAAUCAUGAGCCCACAACAUUUCAGAAAUACCAGCAAGUGAGUUUGCUUGCAAGAUUUAAUAAAGAUCUGGAUAAAGUGGCAUUGAUUUCCUUGAUGUUCUCUACAGACAAUAUAAUAGGCCCGAAGUACAAGCUCAGGAUUCUCCGAAUGAAAUUAAGAUCACUUGCCCAUCCAGAGAGACCCCAGUUGUGUCGGUAUGAUCUCAUAUUGUUGGAAAACGUGGAAACAUCCUUCCAGCCCAUUCACUGCUCAAAGUUGCAGUUGUAACUUGUCAGGGCAGGAGAGUGCCAGUAACAUCAAGAAAGCCACAACUCUAGACUUUUCAAAAGCUUCACCUCACCUUUUCCUCCUGGCGCAGAU